AUGUCCCAAUCACCAACAAGUGUUAUUCAGGAUGCUAAAUCUGGAAAGAAUGAAAUCCAAGCAACUUUAUUACGUCAAAGAAUGCUCAAAGUACAACAAAGAGAAAAAUUAAUUUCCAAUGUCAGACAAAGUUAUUGCUCUGAACAGAAACGAGAUGUUUGGGGAUCUUCCUCUCCAAGAAUAGAACCAAACAUAAAACCUUUACCAUCUAUUCAAGAAUCAUCAUCUGAACAACAAUCCGAAAAUAUAAUUCAAUCAGCAGUGCAAAAAUCUCGUGACUUUGUUAAAAAUUUGAACAAGAUUACAAAAAUAUCAUAUGACAAGAGAAGAAAGAGACCACCUAUUUCUAGUCAACUUCGUGAUUUAUCCAUUCUUGUUGCUAGUUUAGAUAUGGAAUGGAAUAACUUUGCAGCUAUUAUUGAAACCACUCAACGUUUUAGAAGAUUAUUGUCAAUUGAAAGAAAUCCUCCAAUUGAUGAAGUUAUUUUAUCGGGAGCAGUACCAUAUUUUGUACAAUAUUUAGAUUUGAAUGAAGUUCACAAAUACUUUAAUGUGGAUUACUCUGGAUCUUCCUCCCCUCCUCCACAAGUUUGGUCACACGAUCCAACCAAGAAAUCAAUUUCUGUAUCCAACUUGUAUCAAUUACAAUUUGAAGCAACUUGGGCCAUUACAAAUAUUGCCUCAGGUACUGCAGAUCAUACCAGAUAUGUAGUCGAAUUGGAUUGUAUUCCUAGAAUGAUUAAUCUCCUUGAUAGUGAAAGUGAAGAUUUGAGACAACAAAGUGUUUGGGCUUUGGGAAAUAUUAGUGGUGAUUCAUGCACUUUGAGAGAUUUAGUUCUCAACCAAGGAGCCAUGCCAAAAGUUUUAAAAAUGAUUCAAUCAGAAACAAGCGACAGAGUGAAGAGAGAUGCCACAUGGACCUUAUCAAAUUUAUUCAGAGGAAAGCCAGCCCCACCUUGGGAAAUUGUUUUAACUGCUAUUCCUGUUCUUGUUCACCUCCUCCAUAGUUCAGAUGAUGACGUUUUGAUUGAUGCUUGUUGGGCUAUUUCAUAUGCAUCUGAUGGGCCUACUGACAGAAUUCAAGCAAUUAUUGAAGUUGGAGCAACAAACAAACUUAUUGAGUUACUUAGUCAUCAUAAUUCUUCUAUUCAAACUCCUGCAUUAAGAGCAAUUGGUAAUAUAGUCACUGGUGAUGAUUACCAAACAUCAACAGUUUUGAGAUGUGGUCUCCUUAAUCACUUACCAAACCUUCUCACUCACCCAAAGAAGUCAAUAAGAAAAGAAGUAAUGUGGACACUUUCAAACAUUACUGCAGGUACCAGAGAUCAAAUUCAAAUGGUUAUCGAUGCUGGUAUCAUUCCAAAGAUUAUUUCAAUUCUUGUUUCUGGAUCUGAAUCGUUUGAUGUAACAAAAGAAGCCUAUUGGGCACUUGCCAAUUCAUGUGAAGGGGGCACAGAUGAACAAAUUAAGUAUAUUAUUGAUCAAGGAGUGAUUCGACCAUUUUGUGAUGGUCUUUUAGUUGGAGACCAAAAGAUUAUCCAAGUUGCUUUGGAAGGUCUUCAAGCUGUAUUGAACUCAGCCGAAAGACAAAAUAUUCUUGACGUUGUUACAAAUGCUAUUGAAGAAUAUGGAGGACUUGACAGAAUUGAAAAUCUCCAAAACCAUCAAAACACCCAAAUUUAUGAAACUUGUGUUGGCAUUUUGGAAAAAUUCUUUGCUGCUGAAGAAGAAUAAAGUUAGUUUUAUUUACAA